AUGUUGUCCGGAGUGUCGUCUCUACUACUGUCAGUGACAGUGACUGUCUUCCUGAGUGCGGCCCAGCUUCCUCAUCCUCAUGGUAUGGAGGAGACACUGAGGGUGGCAGGGGCAGGAGUGGCGGCUGUAUCAUCCAGAGUAUCACGGUCUUCUUGCUCCGUCAUUCUCCUCACAGAUGGCACCACUUCCCCCAACACUGUCUUCACGGAACUGGAAGGACUGGGAGGGUCCUGGGGGAUGACGGUGUUCGAGGUGGUAGCAGAUAUCCACAGUCCCAACCUGACGGAGGCGCAGCUGUCACUGAUGGUCGCCCAGGCUCUCAAGGUGCGGCAGAUGUCGUGGUGUGUGACGGUGAUGGUGGUGAGUGAUGACUCCACUUUCUUGGCAGCUUCUGCCAAGUGGGCUCUCAAGGGCCGCCUCCUCUUGUGGUCCACUCGGUUUCUGGCCAUCACUCGCCUACCACUCUCAGACCUCCGUCACCUCUAUACCUCUUUCUCCAUGAUGAACGCCAUGUUGCUCAUUCUGGAUGCCUCCUCCAGGUGUCGGAUGUACAUACACGUGCCGUACAGCAGUCAGGUGUUACAAGUCGCCCAGUGGCUGCCCCAGCGAGGUCUCACCCUUUCAUCUCGCCUCCCGCUAUUCCCGGAAAAAUUCUACAGAUUCCUGGUGAGCCCCAGGCUGAAGGCGACUGCUGAGGAGUUUCCACCACACAUAGAAGUGAAGGAAGUGACUGACGCUACUGGCCAAAGGUUCAUCUUCUCUGGCGCCAUGAUCCAAGUGCUCGACCUGCUUGCUCACUCCAUGAACUUUCAGGUUACCAUUGUGCGUCCACCGGAUGGUUCCUUUGGAAACAAGCUGCCCAAUGGCUCGUGGACGGGCAUGGUGGGCCAGGUGGGGCGCAAGGAGGUUGACAUGGGUCUUGGCCCGUAUGGUGUCAUAGCCGAACGAACUGAGGUAAUAGACUACACGACACCAGUUAUGAGCGACUAUCUGAGGAUUCUUGGCGGUCAGGGCAUACCUGAGGUGAAUCCCUGGGGGUUUCUGCUGCCCCUGGACAUGACGGUGUGGGCAGCACUGGUGGGGGCGCUGGUGUUAGUCCUGGCCACAAUGUUCGUUUUGGCAUCAAUAUUACCGAUCAAAACUCCCGUCCUCUCUCUCUUCAUUCGCAUGACACUGAGAGAAAACACCUGGGUGCCGGCUGAAAGGUGGUGGGAGCGACUGAUGAUGGCCAGCUGGAUGCUGGUAAUGCUGGUGUUGACACAAAGCUACACUAGUAACCUCAUGUCCCUGCUGGCUGUGAGGUACAUCCCACAACCCUUCCAGACAUUACGUGGGCUACUCGCCUCCCGCGCCACUACCAUGGUCUGGGAGUACAACACAGCCUACGUCAGUUACUUCCGUCAUGACAUUUACAUGCAUCCAGCUUCCCCGAAUACGGUGCGAUGGUUCUCGGAUCGCCCACCUCCCUCGGGUCAGACCGUCCGCGGUUCUACUCCUAAGCGUCCACGACAACCUACUGACGACAGUUCGUCAAUGACCACUCAAAAACGACCUACACAACACUCGCUACUUUUUGAAUACCGGACUAACAAGGAACCUCAUCCUUCCUUUUCACGCCGUUGCCAAGUUUAUUGUAAUGAACGAGAGAUCCGUUAUCUUAAGGAGCAUGAGGGCCUCACACUAUGGCUGUCUCUCAGCUCCACCUUCAAGGUAAACUCCCUCAUGUCCCGUCGGUGUGACUUCUACACAUCAAGAGAAAGUUUCAUGCCUUUCCUCUACUGCAUGAUAGCCUCCAAGAACAGCCCGCUGGUUCCUGCAGUAAGUAAAAGGAUUACCUGGAUGAGGGAGGCCGGACUCUAUGAUUACUGGAUGAAAAGUCUAAAAAGCAAUUCUACAGUGUGUCUACGCCCUCCCUCUAAGAUCACUGUCAGGUCAUCUCUCGCUCUCUCCAACGUCUGGGGAAUGUUUGUUGUAUAUGGUGUCGGCCACGUGCUGGGUCUGCUGGCACUGGGAGUCGAACUGCUUGCCCACCGUUUCAGCCCCACUCACUGA